UGCGCAUGUGCGGUACCACUAAUUGAUGGGCUGGGUUUUUUAUGCCUUUACUCGUGGUAUCCCACUAGUAGCUCGCGGAGAGUCUGGCACGGGCUAGCUACAGUAGUAAAUAGCAUGCCCUUCGUUGUGACUUGUUGUGACUUGUUGUGCCUUCAAGACACACAGAGCGAACGGACGCGGUCGAGGUAAGCCUGUGCUAAUUUACAUAUUGGCUUGUUCACUUGGUUUUCACGCCAUAACUUUAAAACACAGUAGUUUUACGAAAAUCGCCUUUUUUAAAAUCAGCCCAGUGUAGCACUGAACCCGAUCAUAUCGCUAUUUACCUGAUUUCGUGCGCGCGGUGGCAGAAAACGUGGUAACAGACAGACUGACUGACUGACAGACAGACACACUUACGGGAC